CUCAAAAUGAGGAUCUGAAGCUUGAAGUCAUCAACAUACUUCAGAAGCAUAAACAGGAAUUAGAGCUUCUCCAAAAGCCAGCCGAAGUUUCCCAGCCUCCUGACAGACGAUGUGAACCAGCCACUCCCCCAGCUCUAUUCCAAGAGAAUACUCAGAGUGAGCCAAGUGAACCCCAAAACCAAGAAGAAAAGAAACUGUCCCAGGUGCUAAAUGAGUUGCAAGUAUCACACGCAGAGACCACAUUGGAACUAGAAAAGACCAGAGACAUGCUUAUUCUGCAGCGCAAAAUCAACGUGUGUUAUCAGGAGGAACUGGAGGCAAUGACAACAAAAGCUGACAGUGAUAAUAGAGAUUACAAAGAAAAGCUGGAGAGGUUGACUCGACUGCUAGACCUCAAGAAUAACCGUAUCAAGCAGCUGGAAGAACAGCUCAAAGAUGUUGCUUAUGGCACCCGACAGUUGUCAUUAUGUUUGGAAACACUGCCGGCCCAUGGAGAUGAGGAUAAAGUGGACAUUUCUCUGCUGCAUCAGGGUGAGAAUCUUUUCGAACUGCACAUCCACCAGGCCUUCCUGACAUCUGCUGCCCUGGCUCAGGCUGGAGACACCCAACCUACCACUUUCUGCACCUAUUCCUUCUAUGACUUUGAAACCCAUUGUACCCCAUUGUCUGUGGGGCCACAGCCCCUCUAUGACUUCACCUCCCAGUAUGUGGUGGAGACAGACUCCCUUUUCUUACACUACCUUCAAGGGGCUUCAGCCCGGCUUGAUCUCCACCAGGCUGUGGCCAGUGAGCACAACACUCUUGCUGCAGGAUGGAUUUGCUUUGACAGGGUGCUGGAGACCGUGGAGAAAGUCCAUGGCUUGGCCACACUGAUUGGAGCUGGUGGAGAAGAGUUUGGGGUUCUAGAGUACUGGAUGAGGCUGCGUUUCCCGAUAAAACCCAGCCUACAGGCAUGCAAUAAACGAAAGAAAGCCCAGGUCUACCUGUCAACCAAUGUGCUUGGAGGCUGGAAGGCCCAGGAGAAUGAGUUCAGAGCAGAGUCUCGGGAACCUCAGAAUGAGCUACGGAUUGAAAUCACCAAGUGCUGCGGCCUCCGGAGUCGAUGGCUGGGAACUCAACCCAGUCCAUAUGCUGUGUAUCGUUUCUUCACCUUUUCUGACCAUGACACUGCCAUCAUUCCAGCCAGUAACAACCCCUACUUUAGAGAUCAGGCUCGAUUCCCAGUGCUUGUGACCUCUGACCUGGACCAAUAUCUAAGGCGGGAGGCCCUGUCUAUACACGUUUUUGAUGAUGAAGACUCAGAGCCUGGCUUGUAUCUUGGCCGAGCCCAAGUGUCUUUACUGCCUCUUGCAAAAAACAAAUCUAUUAAAGGUGAUUUUAACCUCACUGACCCUGCAGAGAAACCCAAUGGAUCUAUUCAAGUACAACUUGAUUGGAAGUUUCCCUAUAUACCCCCUGAGAGUUUCCUGAAACCAGAAGCUGAGACUAAGGGGAACAAUACCAAGGACAGUUCAAAGAUCUCAUCUGAAGAGGAAAAGACUUCGGUUCCUUCGCAGGACCAGAUUGCAUCUCCUGAGGUUCCCACUGAAGCUGGCCGGUAUCAAGCAAAGAGAAAACCUCCUCAUGGAGGAGAAAGAAAGGAAAAGGAGCACCAAGUUUUGAGCUACUCAAGAAGAAAACAUGGCAAAAGAAUAGGUGUUCAAGGAAAGAACAGACUCGAGUAUCUUAGCCUUAACAUCUUAAAUGGAAAUACACCUCAACAGGUGAACUACACUGAAUGGAAAUUCUCAGAGGCUAAGAGCACCAUAGAUGACGGCUUUAAAAAUCAGCACGAGGAAAAGGAAGUGUCAUUAUCGCAUUCAGCACUGAAACGGAAGGAACCCCUACAUCCUGUAAAUGAUAAAGAAUCCUUUGAACAAAGCUCUGAAGUCAGUGAAGCACCAACUACCGACAGUGAUGAAGUCAUAGUGCCACCCAUGUCUCAGAAAUAUCCUAAGGCUGUAAGUACACUGGAUUUAAAGUUUACAGUGGUUAGUGAUCCUCUGGAUGAAGAAGAGAAAGAAUGUGAAGAAGUAGGAUACGCAUAUCUUAAACUGUGGCAGAUCCUGGAGUCAAGAAAAGAUAUUCUAGAGCAAGAACUGGACAUUGUUAACCCUGAAGAUCUGGCCACCCCAAUAGGAAGGCUGAAGGUUUCCCUUCAAGCAGCUGCUGCCCUCCAUGCUAUUUACAAGGAGAUGACUGAAGAUUUGUUUUCAUGAAGAAACAAGUGCUAUUCAGAUCUCUGAGGGAACCAUAGUAAAGUCUCAUAAAGUAACUUGCUACAACAUGAAUUUGUUUUACUGUGAUGUCUAGUAUCUUUCAACCUAAUGAUAAAAGUUCAGAAUGGUCAAAGUUUCUUUUGUGUCGCUAGCUAGCUAAAGGCAUUUUUCUUUAAUGCCUUAGCACUUUACCAGGCAAGAAGCAGGCUUGCUUUCAGGAGAUGAAAAAGAAUGAUCACAAAAGGUGAAUUUACAAAAACAAACAACAACAACAAAAAAAACCCAGUUUAUUCAUCUUUUAGUUCUUCCAAAAUUGAAAAUAUCAAGUCCUACUGCUAAGGAGAAAAAAACAAACAUAAAAUCCGGGACCCCUCCCCACUUCUUCUCUUAAAGUCAGAGCAUGGAAGGAACUGCAGUGGGACAGGUGGGUGCAGAGAACCAGAAGGGGAGGAUGGCAAGAUAAACUCCCCAAAUACUUGAAAAGCUGUUCAACAGAAACUGUGACAAUGCAAGACAAGUUAAAAUAAGGAGCGGCAGUGCUGAGAGGCUGUGUUGUAGAUAUGGCCUCCCUUCCUCUUCUCUUUUCUCAUCAGGGUAUUCUAGGCCCAAGGCAUGAUUUGCCCCUUCCAGAUCUAAAUGUUGACUCCUUUGAGCUUUCCUCUAGAUUUCACUAGACGCAGUAUAUGAGGAACAACCAUUCUUCCUUAUAUAUA